AUGCCGCACCACUAUGCACCACCUUUACACCAUUAUGCUCCACCACAUUUUGUCCAGCAAUAUGCUGGCCAGCCCCAGUAUCCACAGUACCCACCAAUGCGACCGAAUACUGAAAUAAUCCCAGCAUCAUCGAGAGCGCCGGCAGCACCAGCGUCGUCCCAAGCACCAGCGUCGUCCCAAGCACCAACGUCGUCCCAAGCAUCGAGGUUGCGACCGAAUCCUGAACCGCGCCCUGGUGUUUUUAGUUUUGAUAUUGAUGUUAUUGCUGAUGACAUGAAGCGUGGCUUUCGUGGUGAGACAGACAUGCCUUGGGAGGACUUCAAAAGUCGUGUUCUUGCAUUCCUUGAGAGUGCUGCUGAUGACGUCCAACUUGUGUAUAAAUUUGUGGGGGACAACAGUAGAGCUACUCAACUGAAUGAUGCGGAAGCAUUCAGUAUUUCCAUGGACCGUCUUUGUCACAAAGCGUCCAAUGCGCGCACACGAGUCGUUGCCCUAGAGGUAAAGAAUGCAGCAGUCAAACAGACUACUACCGCCAAAGCAAAAAAGAGGACACGCACAGAUGAUAUCCCUCCAGCAUCAAGUGACGAGGAUGUGACGCAACUCAAAGCUUACAAACAGCUUGAGAGCCAGAUUCGAUGCGAACUUCACCACGGUCAUUGUUUCGUAGAUCGCACGAGUGGCUAUGAUAACCAUCGUCGACUUGAUCACGCUGAGAUGACUCUCUGGGCUAAAAAGAUUACUCCCAGUCCUCCGCCGCUUUCGCAGCCACGUCACUUUGAAUCUGCAAGCCAUAUCCCUAGCGCAUCAUUUCCAGACUAUCCAAAAGUUGGGGUGCUGCUUGAACUGAUCAAUGCUGAAAGACCAGAAUUGCGACUUGCCGAACUUGAAACACCCCUGCUAGAUGCAGGGGUAGUUUUAUCGAGCCAAGUAAUACUUCUACCGGAGGAUGUGCUGAGUGUGAUCGGCAAUAUGGGACAAAGGCGAGCCAGAAUCCUCCGCAAUUAUGCUAAACGGACUGUUCUACCGCUCCUUGGACUCGUCAAUUCCUACGAGGAACCAGAGAUACCCAGCCCAGGGACUCAGAAUAAAGGCAAGGAACGCGCUGUCGAGGCUGAGGAUGACACAUGGCAGGAAGGAGAAUCAUGGACUGAUGGGUAUAGAAGUGGCGAGUCUGACGAGUACACGAGUGAUGAUGAGACCGAGGGGCACGAGGAAUUCCUGACCUGA